GUCCCCGCCCCUUUCUGCGGGCAGUGGCGUCAGCAAAAACCACGUGUAGGCUUUUUUUAAAGGGAGGGUGUCACUGUGGGACUUGCUCUUCUCUAGCCGGUGGGGACAGGAAGCAGACUUUGUUCCUAACUCUCCCUGUUUGACACCAACCUGCGUUAGGGACAACGUUAAACCUCUGACGUGUAUUUUUUUUUCCCCUUCCAACCCACGUCAACAGUUUAGGCUCUGAGAAGAGGCGUUCUUGCGGCCACCAGGUGACGAUAGCCAUGAAGUGGGGCUGGGUGUUUUUGGCGGUCUUCCUCUCUUUGGGGACCCUGUCCUGGGGGGAGAAGGGCUUGGAGAUCCCCGAGUAUGACGGAAGAGACCGCGUCCAUGCCCUCAGCGCCAAGAACUACAAGUCCAUCAUGAAGAAGUAUGAUGUGAUGGUGAUCUACUACCACAAAAAUGUUGACGGGAACCGCAGUGCCAUGAAGCAGUUUCAGAUAGAGGAGCUGGCUUUGGAGCUUGCAGCCCAAGUCCUGGAUGAUCUUGAUGACGAGGACAUUGGAUUCGGCCUGGUGGAUGAAAAGAAGGACACUGCUGUUGCCAAGAAGUUGGGUCUCGAUGAGGUCGAGAGCAUCUACAUCUUUGCCGAAAAUGAGAUAAUUGAGUAUGAUGGAGAGCUGGCCGCCGAUACCCUGGUUGAGUUCCUCUAUGAUGUGAUCGAAGAACCAGUGGAGAUCAUCGACAACGAGCGUGAGCUGAAGGGCUUCCACAACAACGAUGAGGUCAUCAAGCUGGUCGGCUAUUUCAAGAGCGAGAGAUCUCCUCACUUCAUUGAGUACGAUGAUGCUGCUGAGGAGUUCCACCCAUUCGUCAAAUUCUUUGCCACAUUUGACCCCAAGAUUGCCAAGAAGCUGAAGCUGAAGAUGAAUGAGGUUGAUUUCUACGAGCCAUUCAUGGAGGAACCCGUCACCAUUCCAGGAAAGCCCUACAUUGAGUCUGAGCUGGUUGAAUACAUCGAACAGCACGACAGGCCCACUCUGAGGAAGCUUGAGCCUCACAGCAUGUAUGAGAUCUGGGAGGAUGACAUUGAUGGAGAGCACAUUGUUGCCUUUGCUGAGGAAGAUGACCCAGAUGGUUUUGAAUUCCUGGAAAUCCUGAAGGAGGUGGCACGCGAGAACACUGAUAACCCCAACCUCAGCAUCAUCUGGAUCGACCCUGACGAUUUCCCCUUGCUGGUUCCAUACUGGGAGAAGACCUUCCGCAUCGACCUCUCUUCUCCUCAGAUCGGUGUGGUUGAUGUUGAGGAUGCCGACAGCGUCUGGAUGGAAAUGGAUGACCAGGAUGACAUGCCCACAUCUGAUGAGCUGGAGCAGUGGAUUGACGAUGUUCUGUCUGGAAAGAUUGACCCAGAUGAUGAUGAUGAUGAUGAGGAUGACGAUGAUGAUGACGAUGAUGACGACGACGAUGACGACGAUGAUGAUGAUGAUGACGAUGAUGAUGACGAUGAUGAUGACGAUGAUGAUGACGAUGAUGAUGACGAUGAUGAUGACGACGACGACGACGACGAUGAAUAAAUGUUCACCACCAUCUUUCACUUCACUAUAAUUUAGCCAGUAAUGGCAAAACCCAAAAGUAGUAGCAGUUUUUUUCUAACAUCUCGCGGCGAACACACUGUGUUUGUUUGCUUCCUGUAUGGUUUCCUGUAAGGGACAAACAUAAUGACCCUAUGAGAAACUUUUACUGUCAGUUAGGGAAGGAGAUUUUCAAAGAAGCAGAGCAUUUGCAUCUCUGUUGAUGAACAGCUCUCACCUCUGAGGUUCACAAUGAAUGUGAGCUAAGAGGCUAGCAGAGGCUAACUUCCCUGACAUUUUCUACCUAAUGUCACAGACCGGGGUUACCCCUCUCUCAUUUUCUCCAAUUUCCUGUAAUCCUGUUUCAAUGACAUGUUUUCUACCUGAUGAAGAGAAGAAAUGAACACUUGCUUGUACUAUUUCUAAAGAGAUUAAACCUAAACUCACUGGACAGUCUUAAAAUUAGUGCAAUCUUGGAAAGCUGCCAAAUAUCGGAUAAUAAAUAAAUUACAAUACAAUUUGUUUCUGCU